AUGCAUGCGCGUGCGGCGCAAGAGUGUGACGUGCGCUACCUGGGUGCGCAGAUGAUCAAGAUGAUGAUCGCUUGCGUGGCCGCGUUCCUCCUCUGCUGGCUCCCACUGAACCUGUUCAUCGUCGUGUCGGAGCAGUACCCGUCCAUCUACGACUUGAGCGGCAUCGGCUACAUGUGGUUCGUCUGCCACUGGCUGGCCAUGAGCCACGCCUGCUACAACCCGCUCAUCUACUUCUGGAUGAACGCAAAGUUCCGGGCGGGCCUGCAGGCGCUGUUCCGCUGCCUGCCGGCCACACGCCGGCGCUCCUCGUGCUUCGUGUCUACCUGCAACGUCAAGAAGGCGGCCACUUCCAACAGCAAUGCUAUCUGA